CCAGCAGCUGUCAAGAAUCAUGUAAUCAUACAGUGUCCUGAGUUGGAAAGGACCCACAAGGAUCAUUAAGUCCAACUCCUGGCUCCACACCGGAGCAUCCAAAAUCCAACUCUAUGCCGGAGGGCAGUGUGCAAACGCUCCUUGAACUCCAGCAUUAGGGGCCGUGCCCACUGCCCUGGACAGCCUGUUCCAUGCCCACCGCCCUCUGGUGCACAGCCUGUCCCUAAUCCCUACCUGACCCUCCCCUAACGCAGCUCCAUGCCGUUCCCUCGGGUUUAUCGCCGGUCAUCAGAAAGAGGAGAUCGGAAACAAAUUAAAAAACCAUCUGUCUCUAUCUUCUUUUCACUUUCACUUCCACCCCAGGCACGCCCAGCCUGCAAGGAGCGAUUUCCCGCGGGGAGCGCUCCUGUGAUCCACCGAACGAGGAGAGGCGGAGCAGAAAACCCUUCCCCCAGAGACACAGCCCUCUCUUUUCCUCACAGACACGAGUUAGUUUCGUUUCUCGCCGGCUCCGCCACCGCCCGCCCCUUUCCUCGCCCGACCCCGGUGCGGCAGAGGCAGCGGGCGGCGAUGCUGCGGGGCUGCACCGCGGGGCCUCCGGGCCCCCUCCGCCGCGCCCUGCCUGCUGCCGCCCCCGCCGUCCGCCUCCGCCUGCGGGAGUGCGUGGUGCGGAUCCCGGAGGCCGGAGCGGUGCUGGACAUUCUAGAGAAGUGCCCCGAGAGUCAGCGGAAGGGAGAGUUUCCCGUCGUGGUGUUUGAGGGGCUGGAUGCCACAGGCAAAACCACAGUAACACAGUCAGUUAAAGAUGCCCUGGGUGCUGUUCUGUUAAGGUCUCCGCCAGCUUGCAUCAGCCAGUGGAGGACAAUAUUUGAUGAAGAGCCAACGCCCAUUAGAAGGGCCUUUUAUGCUGCAGGCAACUACAUCCUUGCUUCAGAAAUAGCAAAAGCAUCUACUCAGGCACCUGUGAUUGUAGACAGGUAUUGGCAUAGCACAGCUGCUUAUACAAUAGCUACUGAAACAGAUGGGAACAUCCAAAAUCUUCCACCAGAUCAUGAUGCCGUGUAUAAGUGGCCUGAAGACCUGCUCAAACCCGAUCUUGUUCUUCUCCUAACUGUCAGCCCUGAGGAGCGAGCUCGGAGGCUUGAAGGUCGAGGGCUGGAGAGAACAAAGGAAGAGGCUGAGCUGGAAGCUAACAGCUUGUUUCGCCAAAGAAUUGAAGAGUCGUACAGAAGGAUGGUGAAUCCCGCAUGCCAAGAGGUUGAUGCCAGUCCCUCCAAGGAAGAGGUUUUCAAGACAGUGCUGCAACUAAUUAAAAAACACUGUGCCUUGUGAAAGCAACUUCUUUUUAUUAACACUUAAAAUCUACUUUUUAUUGUCCCUUUAUUUCUGCUAGCUCUAAGUGCCCUAUGAUGUGCUUUGUUCCCUAGAAGAACCUUUUAUUUCUUCUGCCAACAGCAAUCUGGUCAGGUUAUCAGUUUCACUGAUGUCUACUGCACUUUUAUGUAUGAAGCAAAAUAGCACUCCCACAUUGUUCAGCAUUCCUGGUAAAGCCACAAGCCUACCAUUGUCUUACACAAA